CCGCUGUCACAAAACAAUUGCCAGUUGUCAAACAGGCAAAACGCAGCGCUCACAGGCAAGCGAAGCAAUACAUAUUUUCCCGACCCAGAGGCGAACCGAGCACAACGCAUCGCGAAGCUGUCGUCCCUGCCUUGUGUGCCGUGUGCUGUGCAGUGUGUGCAAAAGUAAUCAUUACGAAGGGGGUUGUUUGUCUUCUUCUUCUGCUUCUUUCCCCCCAUGUAUCUUAUGUUGUUCGAGUGUUUUUGUUAAGUUGUUAAGUGCUUUCGGUGUGUUUUUGGUGCGGGCGCGCCUGCUAAUAUCAGCUGACAGAAACGGUGUGUGCGGCGGGGCGGCCCCUGCCCGUGUACGCAUGAUUAUGCUGCGAGCGUGAAAAUUGUGAUAAUGCAACGUUCUAAAAUUAUCAAUCAAAACUUUGCGUGCUACUAGGUCCCCGCUCCCUCCCCCCUUAGAGUCUCGUGUUGCCCCCGGAACACACCGCGUGUUUCUCGGCGCUCUCCCACAACCCCUUCUCGGUUCUCCCUAACUGUGUCUCUCUGUGAUUGUGUGUGUGUGUGUGUAUGUGACGGUCGUGUUGUGUCGGCGUUGUGGCAGCAGCAACGCGGUAUAAACGCGGGGCUGGAAAGAAAAAAAAAAGCAAACCCCAACAACAACAACAACAACAACAACAACAGUAACAGCAAAACCGUACGGGCCUCACGGGACCUCCAAACCGAAAAAACCGCGUCCGGUAAAGCGCGCGGCUCCCCUACCGGCGGCGGCAGCCCGCCCAGCACAAACCAGCGCAACAUGAAUACCAGUGCAACAACCAACACCAACAACAAGAUCAACAUAAGCAAUAACAAUGCUAUCAAUGAUAAAAGCAACACAACCGCCAGCUACCAAUCGUCGUCCGCAAUGCUGCUGAGCACGCCGCCGAGGCGCGGCACGAAGCGCAAAAUCGCGUCAGUCGCCAAUGGAAAUUCUCCAGCUAUCCGAAAGCGGCGCAAACUGCAACACUCGUCCAAGGCGGGCGAGUCCCGGCUGGAGCAGGUGCCGCAGACCAAAAACACGGUCGCCGUGCUGAACGAGCUGAAGCGCAAUCUCGUCUACAAGGUGGAAUCGCAGACCGGACCCGUCCAUGCGCCGAUCUUUACGAUAUCGGUAGUGGUCGAUGGGCAAAAGUUCGUUGGCACCGGGCCGAGCAAAAAGUUGGCGCGCGUGGCCGCGGCCGCCUCCGCGCUGCGCAGCUUCAUCCAGUUCAAAGACGGCGCGACGCUGACGCCGAUCGAGCCGCUGCAGAACGUGGACUUUACCAGCGACGAUCCGAUGAUCGAGAACAGCAUCUUCCCGCUGUCGGAUGCGGUCGUCGGGCCCGGCGUACCGCAGGAGAAGGUGGCGGGCGCUCCCGUUGCCACCGGCGGCUCCUGCGGCGGCAAGCCGGCCGCCGUGCCUGAAAGCGCCACCGUCAAUUCGAACCACUCGCUACACAGUAACAACAGCAGCAACAGCAGCAACAACACCAGCAAAACCCCAUACAGCAGUAGCGGCUGCAUUAACAACAACAACAACAACAACAACAACAACAGCGGUGCAAACCGGGCGGCUGCUGCUGCUGGUGUCGCUGCCACCAACAACAGCCGCCAGUGCGACAUUAGCGGCAACAACACGACGGUACAUUCUAACAGCCACACUACCACGAACAACAGCAACACCGCCAACAGCAGUCACAGUAGCGCGAUCGGGCCGACCGCCAACAGCAACGGCAGCAACUGGCACCGGAAGGACGCGGCGGCCACUGCUGCUGCGGCUGACGGUGAGAAGCAGCAGCAGCAGCAGCAGCACCACCAUCAUCACCAUCACCAGUCGGCGCAGGAUAAGCCGUCGGCGGUAGGAACGGUCAGCAACCACAACCACAACAACAAUGCUAAUGCGAGCGUUCGAACGGCCCCUGCAGCGGCAUCCAGUAUCGUUACCAACAUUGCAGCUACUGGAACCACUUACAACGACAGUUACGAACAGUAUAUCGGCGUUAGUGCUGGCGGUACUACUACUACUACUACUACUACCACUGCCACCGCUUCUUCCACCAUCACCACCACCACCGGUACCGACCCGAAAACUUCCAACGCCGCCAUCAGCCGUCCCCCCGCAGGUCUGGCCACCUUUCCCACCGUCCCUUCCCUCCCACCAACACCUUCUUCCCCCCGUCCUGCCGCCCCGGGUAGCACGAACCACCCGCUCGCCGGUACCGCCGCCACCACCCACAACAACACCAUCUCCUCCUCCCCACUCACCCACCAACAUGCCAAUACUGGCAAUCAUAAUACUGCUGCUGCCACCGUCGCCACCACCACCAGCACCGCCAUCCUGAUGCUGCCGCUGGCCGGCUACGUCAUGGCAUCGGGUCCGCGGUCGGGCAACCCACUGUUGGGGAAACCGGUCUGCACCACUGCCGCUGCUAGCACGAUGCCGCUCCGACCGGACCGGGCGCGGGACGCGAAACCGAACGAGCCGGCGGCACCGUACCGAAAGCUGAAGGCGAAAUCCGGCAAGGCGGCCCUGUCCGCGGCGAGCGAUUUCCAUCGCUUCGUCAACUACAUACAGUACGAUACGUUCGCGCUGAACGGCUCCAAGAAGCAACAGCAGCAGCAGCAGCAGCAUCAGAACCAUCCCCAUCAGCACCACCACCAUCACCAUAACAGCCACCACAACUAUUUUAACAAGUUUGGCAACUUUGACACCUCACCCAUCAAUUCCUACCACCUGUCCCUAGUACGUAGUGACGCCACGAAACUAAGCACUGCCGCGAACAGCAAGGCAAACGGGAAGGACGGGCUGGCGAAACACAUUUCCACCAGUGCCGGUGGUGGCGGCGGUGGCGGCAGUGGCGGAGCUGGCGGCACUAGCAACAACAGCAACAGCCACAACACCAUUACCAGUACAAGUACCCCCACCACCACCACCACCAUCCUGCCUUCCACUACUAACUCGAUCGCGAACGGGAGCACUAAUCCCGCCGCCGCGGCCAUUGUGAUCGUUACUUCGGCCUCCCCCACUACCACCACUGCCCUGGCGGCCAGCAGUACCGGGGUCGGGGGCGACAAGGGUUACGUGCGCGACGGUCCCGGCGCGAACCACCACCACCACCACCACCAUCACCACAACCACCAUACGGUUAGCUAUCCCUUUCCCAACACUACAGCCAUCCCGCCCGCCCUAACGAGUCCUUACGCACAGAACGGUCAUCGGCAAGUGGUUGAAAAAAUUCAGCAAAGCUUAAACUUAUUUAAAAAUACCAAUGAAAAGGCUCUAGCAUGGAAGAAACGGUUCGAAAAGCUGAAGGUGUCGUCGGGCAGCACGCUGCGCAACAGCGGGAACGUGGCGGCCGGCCACCAUCCGAAACCGCAGCCGGAGAAGGGACCGGUGAUGCUGCUGCACGAGCUCUUCACCGACGCCCACUUCGAGUGCGUCUCGUCCGACGGGCUGCAGCACUCGAAAUUCACCGUCGUCGUUACGGUGAACGAUAAUCAGCGGUUCGAGGGGACGGGCCCGUCCAAGAAGAUGGCGAAGAAUGCGGCCGCCAAGGCGGCGCUCGCCUCGAUCUGCAACAUCUCGUUCAGCCCGCUGCAGCAGUCCAAGUUUGGGCUGAUAUCGGCCGGCACAAGCAACGGCUCGAUCGGCGGCCCGUCCGGGGUCGCGCUGAACGGCGACAACAGCUUCACGCAGAACAAAAACUUCGAGCUGCCGCAAACGUUCGCGGACGCGGUGGGCAAACUGGUGAUCGAAAAGUUCAACGAGGUGAUGAAGGGCAGCGACGUGUACAGCCGGCGCAAGGUGCUGGCCGGGUUCGUGAUGACCCACGGGUACGACAUCAAGACGGCGCGCGUGAUAUCGCUAGCGACCGGCACCAAGUGCGUCAGCGGCGAGCACAUGAGCGUGACCGGCUCGGUUAUAAAUGAUUCCCACGCGGAAAUUAUCGCGCGUCGCGGCUUGAUGGACUUCUUCUACAGUCAGCUCGAUCUGCUCUGCCAGCAACAGCAGCAGCAAGCGGGCACGGUGACGGCAGAGGAGGAAUCGGCAUCGUCGGUCCCCCCGGCGGCCCACGACGGCACGGCCACAGCAGCAGCAGCAGCAGCAGCGGCGCCAGUGGUGGCAGUGCCGUCCGGGGGGCAGGAGGCGGACCCGAACGCGCCCGACCGGCAGGCACGCCAGGAAAUCAUUUUUAACACGCCCAAAGACGGUUCGAACCUGUACACGCUGAAGGACGGCAUCUACUUCCAUCUGUACAUCAACACGGCACCGUGCGGCGAUGCGCGCGUCUUCAGCCCGCACGAAAACGACAGCAUGGACGUGGACAAGCAUCCGAAUCGGAAAGCGCGCGGCCAGCUCCGUACGAAGGUCGAGUCGGGCGAGGGCACGAUACCGGUCAAGAGCAGCGAUGGCAUCCAGACCUGGGACGGUGUGCUGCAGGGUCAGCGACUGCUGACCAUGUCCUGCUCGGACAAAAUAUCCCGCUGGAACGUGCUGGGUCUGCAGGGUUCGCUGCUCGCGUCCAUCAUCGAGCCGAUCUAUCUGCAUUCGAUCGUGCUGGGCAGCCUGCUGCAUCCGGCGCACAUGUAUCGAGCCAUCUGUGGCAGGAUAGAGAGCGCAAUCCAAGGGCUUCCCCCUCCGUACCGUUUGAACAAACCGAAGCUGGCGCUGAUGACGUCCGCCGAGUCGCGCAAUCAAACGAAACCGCCCAACUUUAGUAUUAACUGGAUCACGAACGGUACCGAGGUGGAGAUCGUCAACUCGUUCACCGGCAAGCUGAUCAACAACAACACCAACACGAACAAAAUGUCCCGCCUGUCGAAGCAGUCGUUCUACCAGCGCUACUCGACCGUGAUCGCCGGCCUGCCCGGCAUACCGCUGCGCGAGGUGAAGCCGACCUACUUCGAGACGAAGAUGUCGGUCGCCGAGUACCAGCAGGCGAAGCGCGAACUGUUUGCCGCGUUCAGCAAGGAGGAUCUCGGCGAGUGGCUGAAGAAACCGAUCGAGCAGGACCAGUUCACGCUGAUCGUGGCGAAGGAGUGCAGCGAGCUCGGGCCGCAGCAAGCGCUGCCGCAGCAGGCACAGCAGCCGCAGCCGCCACCGUACGCUAACCAACCCCAAACAGUGCCAAUGCCAGCGGACGCAAAUACCGCCGCCGUGGGCAACGUUUCUUCCAUUGGAAAUAGCUCCAAAUGACAUCAUGUCAAGUACUCCUCCAGCAAGCGCAACUACGCGUCGAUCGGCUACAGCGACAACACUAGCGCUAGCAACACUUCCGUAGAGCGUAACAACAAUUUUAGCAGUUCUUCAGGUAGUUAGUUUAAGCGACGCUAACGUGGGCGGCGGCAUGUGCUUGGUCUGGUUUUGUUGCUGUUUUUGUGAUGCGAAAAACAACGGAGGGAAAACGAGGGGCUUGAAAUGAGCGAAGGCGUUAUAGCAGGGGGGAGGGAGAGAGACAGAGAUAGAGAGAGAAGGGCGUCUUACAAAAUUUUGGGGGAUAACUAUUAUCAUCUUUUGACUGCUUAUUUUUUACUAUUCAGUUUUUUUCUUCUCAUAAACCAGUUUUGUUUGGUUUUAGUAUUUCCAAUUGGGAUUUCAAAGUUGCAGGCAAUCUAGUUUUUAGAAUACAGCGUAUUCUAUUUUGAUUUUUUUUGAAUUCUAUUAGUAAACUCCACAGCGCACUUUUGCUUUGUGGCGAAAAUGGCAUCCCCCAGCAUCGAAUACGGUUUAGAAUGAUUUAAGUUUGAAAUUUGAAUUCUUUUGUUGAGUUUGUGUCGUGCAAACAGCAACCCCAAGGGAAGGUGAAUUUUUCUACAGAAAAAAGAGAAAAUGAAAAUGACAGAAAUUCGUGUGAAUAAAAAACCUCUCUAGCAAGAGGAAAAUUAGGCAUUAGGAUUGGGUAGAGUAGGAAAAAACAAAUAGCAUUACACAGUUUGGUGAACAAAAAAAAUGAAAAAGCUAGCAUCGUUUGCUUGUCUGUAAAUUUGUGCGCCCCGCGUUUGGAAUGGGGUUGCAAUACUAUGAGACUGGUUGUAGUUUCUCUACUAUCGUUUAAUUGGUAUUUUUAGAGCGUUUGAAAUAUUAGCGUUUUUUUAAUUGCAUUAGAUUUGGCUGUCGUGGCUUGUGUAUUAUCGUUUGCUGCGGGGUGGGGGGGGGAGUUUUGUUUUGUUGUUGCUUGUGCAGCUGUUUCGGUUCAUUGCGAACACCCUCCGCCCGUAAGCGUUUAACGCCUCUGCGGGUGGAUGUGUGAUGUGGUUUGAUCCGCUGUACAGCCACCAGAUCGUGGACCAUCUGCACACACACACACGCACACACUCACACACAUAUGUACAUAUAUGCCUUUGCUUGCCGGUAACAGUGAGGGAAACGGAACCUCCUCCCUCCCAGCAAACAGAUUUCAUUUCUUUACGAACGACGAUCUCAUAUUUGAUUUUAUGUUGUACUAGAUCUAUCUUCGCUUUCUCAAAAUUUCAUAACGUACACAGCAUACAGAAGGGGGAGGGAAGACGGCACGAACGAAGGUGGGGCACAGCGACCACACCUCCUCUUCCACUUGCAACCAACCCUUAUUUCAUACUGGUAUACACACACACACACACACACACACAUACAAAAACAUAUUUACAUAUAAUGCUAAUGCUCAAGCACAGCAAACAUUUACAGGCACACAUUUUAAAGGGGAACAAUAUUGCGAGCAGAGAAUACUCGAUACUGUGUGUGUGUGUGUGUGUGUAUUUUAAAGCCCUUUCCUCCUUCUUUCGUUGUCACGCAUUUCAUUUUACACAUAUCCACACGUUCAAAGUAUUGAGACACCGAUAUUGGUUUAUCGAAUUUAUUAGAUCCAUUUUUUACUAGACAUACUGGAUUUCAUAGUAAAUUAUUUAUUUUCCUUUCGCGUUCACACGGAAAACAAAAUUAUCCUUAUUCGAAAUAAUAAUACGAAUAACAAUAAUAAUAACAGUAAUAAUAAUAAUAAUAAUAAGGCAAUAAGGUUGUGUUACAUAGUUAUUAAAAGAGGCAACAUUACACUAUACUUCAGACAAGCGAGUUAUAUUAACAUUACGACUAUAUAAACCUAUUGCAUUAGUAGAGUCCCUGCCGGGUCCCACCCGGGCAAAGGGUGUUAGCAUAGUUUGUUCGGUUCUUGCCCAAUAUUUGAACAACAUUAGUAUAGUUUGAAUUGCACGCUUGUUCCAAAGCUCUGUUUGAGUGGAUCAGGAUCGUGUACUGUUCGCGGGCGUGUUUCAUUUAACCAUACAAACUAGAAGCCAACCAGGACGGAACCACUGUCUCCGGGGCUACACGAUUGUUUUGGUAACAUGUGUUUGGUUUCUAUUGGUAAAAUACUGAAUUCGGACAGUUUUUACCCUAUCGAUAAUUGUUGCUAAAUUGAGUAACGCCUCUCCCACUCUGUCCUGACCAUGUUCGGUCACAAUCGGUACGUUUGUCCAACGCCAAUUGGCUGUUGAAUGUUUGUUUUCUUUUCUCAUCAGUCUUUUUCAAUCGUGCGUAAUCUAAACCUAGCCGAAAAGCGAAGGUGCAGCAUUGUCCUACCUAUAUACACGAGCAAAUGCAAAUAGUAUGAUAAACUAGUAGCUAUAGAUAGACACGUUUGUUUUUUUUAGCGUUAUUAGCAACUAACAAACAGUUGCGGGGUGGAAACAAGUGUUGCGAACGAACAGGUGUGUUACAUUGCACAGGUGUGCAAGUGAAGAGAGGGUUGAUUUUUAAACAAGCCCCGGAAAAAGGAUGACAAACAUGCAAAAGAAGCAUACAAAACAAACGCUCAUACACCGGCAGAUAUUCGCUGUGAGGAGGGGGUUACAGUUUAAUAGCGAUUGUGAUUUUCGUAAUCAUAAUUUUACACGCCCCAUAGCGUCCAGGGUGCUAUGGCUAAAAUCUAAGACGACCUGCACAUUAACUAGCCCUGUAUGUUAUUAAAGCGAUUCAAGCUCUACCAAGCACACGUUUCGAUUGUUUUCGAGUUUCGGGUUGUGUUUAGCGCGGUACUAACGUACCCCUCGAUAUUAGCAGUGUGUGUUCUCUACCUUACCCAGGAGUUUCGUAAAUAUUUAAAUCUGGAACAGUAAAAAAAGGGAAACCCAUUGCAUCACAUUGGAACGGGAGACAAAUACAGUGAAAUCUCUCUAAGGCGAAUCUUGAAGAGGGACCGUUUUCUGAUUGAUUUAAUUAAAAUGCAGCUACCACGGGCAAUCCACGUGAUGCAUCCUUUGAUCAAUUUGUUUGUGAACUGUCAUGCAAACAUUCGUCUUUAGAGAAUUUAGGCGGCCAAAUCGCAUAUGCGGCUUAGAGUAUAAUCGCCUUAUGGGCAAAUAUUCAUCUUGAAGAGACAUAAAAAGAGACAUAACCGUCAAAAUGUUCAUCUUACAGAAACAAUUCAUCUUAGAGAGAUUUCACUGUACCGCCAACUCAGAGUAUUCUCACUCUCUCUCUCUCUCUCUCUCUAUCUAGCCAGUUUUACCUAGCGCGUUUGUAGUAGUUGAAUUGCGCGGCGGUUGGUGUUUGUUUUGUUUGGUUUUGCAAUUGAACAUACUGCACCUGGGUGGGAAAUCAUGUGCUCUGUGCAUUUUAAAGCGAAAAGCAAACAAUGCGUGUUGCUUGAGAUCUUGAGAAAAACAAAUUAGCAAAAAACAAAAGAAAAGAAAAAUCAAAUGGAUUAGGAAUUUUAAUUGGUGAGCUGCAGCAGGAGCAGAGUUUAGUGCAGUGUUGUCGCGGCAAGAAGUUGUGCAGCAGAAACUUGGUUCAAUUUUAAAUCACAUCUUGGCACAUACGUGUGUGUGUGUAUUUGUAUAUAUAUGUGUGUGUGUGGGUGUGUUUUUGUGGGUGAUUAAAAUGUCAAUUAAUUGCCGCACGCAUGAACAGCUCUCUCACAACAGUUCACAAUUUACAACUUUCCCCAUUCAGUCCUUGCGUCUCCCCUAAGGCACUAUCUACUUCCCUCCUCUACUGGCUCAACCCUUUCAAGCAAAUUGUUGCAAAAGAGAUAAGAAAACACACACACACACACACAACACCAAGCAACACCAUCUGUUCGAAACUUUAUGUGAUACAUUGCUUGUAUUGUUUCUCGAACAAACAAAUACGUAUUUUUUAGUGUAAGUUGCAUUACAAGUAAUCUCUCCUUUGCCCCUCCCCAAAAGCGCUGUAUGAUUUGUACAAAAGAAGCAACAAAAAAAAAAAACAAACAAACUAUUACGUAAAUAGUUAUACCGUGUUUUGCUCGCUAUGUUGAGUUGAAUUGGCGAAUAGAGAGCCAGCAAAACAAACGAACCGAUAUAAUAAUCAGCCACUCAGCGUACGGGAAUAGGGAAGUGAUCAAAACUUGCAAUUCUGCUCACACAGCCACACAAACAUGCAUACACAUAUAUAGACACAGGCAUAGAAUGAUAGUAAGGCGCUCACGACAUGGGAAAAUGAAAAUGACUUUUUACAUUUACUACAGCAAAACAAACAAGAAAAAAAACUAGCUUGUAAGCUGCACCGAGCGUCUAGGGUGUGUGAUAUGAUAAUAGAGACGUUUUUGUUUUGUUGCAUGGUUGAAAAAUGGGUGAAGUCACCACCCACCACUCGACAAGGAAGAGACGGGGGAAACAGAGAGCACCCGGAAGUAAAGACCGCACAUGAAAGUAUGGUUUAUUUGAACUGAUUUAACCUGUACCGUGUGUGUGUAUAUACCCCACUACAAACUCAGCACUCUCACACGUUUGCCCUGGAAGCAAUCUUUCCACGAACCGGCAUUCUAUAGGUUAUCGGCGUGUUACUUAAUUAGCUAAACAAUGCAAACUGCAAAAAAACUACAAAACAAACAAACUAAAAGCAAUUUAUAUGACAAACGGUUUAUACUACCUACUUUGAAACAAAUGAGAUUAGGUUUUUUUUUCUAGAACGGUAGUAGACAAGCAAAAUUAUUGAUUAUGUGCGUGUGCAAAAGUAAAAAAAAACACAAAGUAACGAAAAGCCAAUAUAUAUACCCCUUUAGUAGUUUAACAUAUUUGAUGAUAUUUGAAUUUGGCCAAUUUGAAUUUAUAUAUACACACAUGUGAUUUGUUUGAACGGAAUUAGUGGAACGAAACAAACGUCUAAGUUUUAACGGUUGUGCGCUUUGAUUACUAAGAAAACUCAUAAGAAAAAAUCAAACAUUGUGAAAUUGAAUUUGAUUACACCAACCACCACCACCACCACCAACCCCUUCGAAGAGAUAUGACAGGACAUCUAUAGGAGUUAAAACCAAAAAAAAGUCAGCAUUACAGGGUUUCCUCGUGUUAGAUGAGCGCGUUAUCGAAAUUCGGUGGCAUGAAAUCCUUGGCAUGGCAUGGCAAUGACAUUAAAUGAAGAUGCCACAGAUAUACUUUAGAAGCAAGCGUUUUGGGGCGUGUGCCCUCACUGUCUGCAGGCAACGCGGGUGAGCUCCACCAGCCGUUACAGUGUUGGCAAUUUGUGUAACAAAACAAAAAAAAAAAAGAAAGAAAAAUAAUAAUUCCAACUUGUUGGUCGUUUGUUGGUUUGAAGUUAGGCAAAAACAAAAAAGGAACAAAUCACGCACACACGAACAAAUCUGUUUGCUAGAGAAUGUGUGUGCCUGUGUUUAGUUCAAAAGCCGGUGUGAUUGUUUGUUUCGUUCGAAUUUGAACGAUAAAAAGCAUACAAAAUUGAACAAUUGGAAUAAAUGCCCCCCGCCCCGCGGCGAGGGCGCGUUUACAGCUACUAAAACAAAGCUGUGAAGGAACGGGUGGUUGGUAUUUUGGCACGCAACAAAGAGGCGACACUUUGACGCGGUAACGAAAGCAAUAACAAAGCUAAAACAAUAAUUGGCUGCACAUUUGGUUAGAACUUAGAAAGCUAUCUUUUGUUUUCUCAGGCCCCUCCCGUUCCGUACGUUGGCUGCAGGAACUGUUUAGGGGGUUUGUUUUGGGUUUUGCAGGCGGUUAAAAAAAUCAAAAAACUAUGUUGGACAAAAAAAACAAAUACGAUAACAACGUUACGGGGCAGUGGGGAUGAGAGUAGAGGAAGCAAUGUUAGUGAAUUUAUAUUUAUUAAAAAAAGAUACUUUUUUAAUCUAUUAUAUUAGCUGAAAACAAAAAAAAAAGAGGAAACAACAAACCAAUGGACUUGAACAAUGGAUCACCGUGACAGUGACAGUUGUAUUUAACUAACGUUACAUUUCGUUCGAACGUUUUGUCUGUAUUGGUGGACAGGUGUAUGGAAAGUGGGAAUACUUCGUUGUUGUUAAAUGCUCCUUUUGUUUCUUUGGUAUGUUUUUUUUUUUUUGCAACUACAAAAUUGUAACAAUGUGCAUCACCUGCAUUAAUGGCGCACACAUGUUGCUUUAGCUAAACACAAUUUUGAGCAGAACGAAAAGGAAAAAAAAGCCACGCAGCCAUCCUGCCCGACCUGGCCCGCAGCAAUAGACAAAGCAGCUCGUGCGACAACCGUUCAGUUAGUAACGCUCUCGGGUGCGUUAUCGUUACGUUACUGGUGCGUUAUAAUGUUUCUAAAAGUAUUAUUUUAGUAUCGCGUAACACUCAACUCGUGUGGCGCAAAUGUGUAUGUUUCCAUUCACACCCUCACGGCAAUGUGCAAAGUAUCAGAUAGUAAAAGAAAGUGAGUGUGUGCAAUGAGCAUACGAAACAAAAGGGCAAUAGCGCUCAGGUACAUACAAGUGUCAGAUUAAACCAGAACAGAUCAGUAAGGGAGAGCAAAACCAAAAAGAUAUCAGUGCCGUUUUACAGUCAACACCAUCUAUGUGCAUCUUAAAUAGAUUUGUAAGUAUCUCCAGUGGUCAUCCCCGCUCACAACCGCCUCCCCCCCCCCCCCCUUCUCACAGAAGAAGAAGAAUAAGAAGUUGAAGAAGAAGAGCAGGAUUAAGCGAGCAUUGGGUGGGAAGAACACAGAGUAAGCAGAAAAGAAAAACAUGCACACACACACACACACAUACACACGUAUAUAUACGCAACGAACUAUCAUUUGGUGGUGCCGCGCCGCAGUCAGUGAUAAUAAUAACCUAACAAUAAAUGAAGUUACAACAUAGGAAAAACCCCCGAAACCGAAAGCCCCGCGCUGUGUACAUAUUUGCAGAAUUAAACUUAGGGUAGAAAGGGUGCGGAUAGUAGGAUUAUAAGAUACAACAACAACAACAACAAAACUGAAUGAAAUUAUCAACAAAAUGAAUGAACAUACUAAAAACAGUUAGAAAAGAACAAACAAUAAUACACACAACACACACACACACACACACACUUUCACAAUUUUUCAUCACUUCUAGUAAGCUAAGGCCUAACUCUACUACUGUCGGUUAGCGUUUCGGGUUGUUUUGUUUGUUUGUUUUUUUUUAAACCGGUUUGACAGGAAGCUUCUAUUACUAUUCUCCAUAAUAACCUCACAUUGCGCCCGAAAGCGCCAUCUUGCCACUACCACUAUUCAACCAAAUCAACCAACCACAAUACUACUACUAACUAAUCACUACUAACUACUACUACUACUAUUACUGCUAGUCAAUGAGCGAUCAUUACCCAUUCUGCUAACCCCGUGUUUCAGUUCACCGCGCUCUCGCAACUCCUGCUCUGAUGAGGGCCAUGGUGUCUGACAGAUGGUUGACAACUGUUUGGUUACGUUGUCUUUUGUUUUUCUGCUGUCUUUAUUUAACCUCAAAAUACGUAUUAGUUAUUGUCGGUAAAGUGUUGCUUUAGACUGUAUAAAUCCCGAAAGAUGGGACGAUAGUUAGUGAGUGAGUGUGUGUGUGUGUGUGUAUACGGAAGGAAUGCAUUACUUUAUCCAUCUUUCUACUCUUCCCACUCUAGUCUAGGACGGAUUACUAUUUCUAGUCGAAUUCAUCUACCGUAGUGUCUCUCUUUCGCUGAAUUCAUGCUAAAAAUCCGGAACUGAAGCGCAAACAGUGGUAGCGUUAAUAUGUUUUUAACCCCCGACAGACAACGUACUCUUAUAACCUAAUUGUGCCAGUAGGAUUGUUUUCUUUGUUUGUCUGUGAGACUGUUCCAUUUUUUCACUCUCGCGCUGUUAGGUUGAUUAGUAGAGUUUUAAAACUAAAAAAAAAGAAGAAUUAAACAAACAAGCUAAAAAAAGAAAGAAAGAAAAAAAAACCGCGCAGGAAUAAACCUUCCUUCCGGGAGAAAACCCCCAAUUCUCCUUCUCUAAGCAAUAAUAAAUACAAAUCUUCUCGUUGCCAUGGUGAAAAGUAAUAUGCUGCUGAAUAUGGAAAAUUAUAUAUAUACAUAUAUACAUAUACAUAAAAAAUGCAUACAAAAUAUGUAUAUUUUUCAACUCUUCGCUCUCUCGUGAAAUCACAACCAGUUAACCAAGUAAACAGGUUUACUUACGCAUAGGUAUGAAUUACGCAUUUCCAAUACCACCCUCCCGAUGCCCCGUUCCAGUACCUGUCCACGAAAAAAUGCUCCCCUCCCGGGUCCCAGACGCGGGAGAACUUUGCCCAAUGUCCUCCGAAAGUGAAACAGACCGUUGUGGUUAUUAUUAUUAUUUAUGUUUUCAUUUUUCUACGGAACUUGUAUACGAAAGCAUGCAAAAACCAGGAAAUCAACCAAAAACAGCAAUUAAAAAAGCGAGUCUCGUCAACACCUUCCCGUCUUACACUAUCCACCCCCGCCCCACCCACUCCAACUACAUCCCCCGAAUGGAGUCAUUCAAGCAAAUGCAAGAAAAAAAAAACAACAACAACAUACAACCACAUCAAAAUAUCCCAUCUUUAAAAAGCAGCAUGUUAGCAGCAAUAUUAUCCCUUCUUAAGACAAAAAAAAAGCAACAAAAAAAUCUCGUACACAACGAUCUAAGCGAAACAGCAAAAAAAAAAAAAAAGUUAGUUUUGAAAUCCCGAAUUAUAUAACAAUUAGAUCAAUUUUGCGACAUUCUACCAUCCGGGACAAAUGCCACGGAUAAACACUGUACUACACGAAGUAGAGCAGUAGAGAAGCAAGUGGAGGACGACGACGAAGUAGUAGAAGAAGAAGAAAAACAACAGUUUGAUCACAAGCUUUUUAAAAAAAAAAAAACAGUCAAUUCUCACAAUUGUAAAAUGGUUAUGAAAUAAAAUAUAGCAACGUUUCUGAGAAAGUUA